AUGGUCCUCUCCCUCAUCGGCUCAGCGAUCGGCGCCAUAUUCAACAUCAUCAGCCUCAUAGUCAACACGAUAUUUCGCCUCAUAGGCGCCGGGAUAGACUUCAUCUUCAAAGCCCUCGGACUCCGCAAGCCAGCGCCCAAAGCAUCUCUUGAUGUUACUAUAAUAGCAACGGCCUUGACAACCAUCGCUCUAGAGUUUGGCGAACUCGAGCAGCAAAACUGGAUCGUCUCAUCCUUCAACCUCACCUCUGCGGCCUUCAUCCCCUUCUGGGGCAGCAUGGCAGACAUCUUCGGCCGCCACAGCACCAUCCAGGUCGCCAUGGCCCUCAUGCUCAUCGGCAGCGCCAUCUGCACGGCAUCUCCCACCAACGCGUUCGGGCUGCUCCUUUUCGGUCGAGCGAUCCAAGGCAUCGCCUGCGCGGGGCUCGACGUCGUUAUUCGUGUUAUUCUGGCCGAUAAGGUAUCUCUGAGGGAGAGUUCUACGAAUUGGACCAUCUUUUCCUUUGUUGGUGGAGUAUCAUUUGGUCUGGGACCGGUAGUUGGAGGUUACUUAACUCAGGCCGACUGGCGAUGGUGCUUCGGCAUAAACCUCCCCAUCGCCACAGCAGGCAUCAUCCUCAUCCUCAUCAUCAUCCGCAAAGAACUCCUCGGCCCCCAACCCAUCCCCCAACUCUCCGAAACCCCCGAAACCGGCCGCCGAACCCGCUUCGCCUACCGGCUCAAAACCAUCGACUACUGGGGCCAGGUCCUGUUCCUCCUGGGCUUCGGUCUGCUCAUCCUGGCCCUCACGUGGGCGGGACCCAUCUACCGCUGGGACUCGCCCGCCGUACUGGUGCCGCUGUGCGUGGGUGUGGUUACGAUCGUGGCGUGGGGGGUCUGGGAGUUUUUGAUGGCGCCGGAUAGGAUGUUGGGGUUGAGGUGGCCGUGGAAGGCGGCGAUGGUGAAGUGGGAUAUUUUGACGGAUAGGAAUGUUGGGUUGUUGGUUUAUUCGUCUUUUACGACUGGGAUGGCUAUGUUUUCGGUUUUCUACUUUUGCAGCAUCUACUUUAUUCUCGUGCUGGGUAUGGACCCCGCGGAUGCUGGCGUCAAUCUGAUCUACUUUACACCAGGAGUAGCCGCGGGCAUCUACAUCUCGUCUCUCAUGACGCGCUUCUGGCCCCGAAACACUUACUCGCCCAUUCUCCUCGGCUCGGUCUGCCACGCCGUCGGCAUCGGCAUGUUAGCGUGGGCUCUGUAUGUUGAGAGGAAGCCGGUGAUUUAUGGUAUUAUGGGGUUGAUUGGUGCUGGUUCAGGCCUGCGCUUUGUUAGUGUCCCCCUCCACGGCAUCGGGAUGUUUCCCAAGCACAUAGCCACCAUAGUCUCGCUCAUCGCAGUCGCAAACCCCCUCGGCGGCACUAUUGGCCAUACCCUCAUGUCGACCGUCUUCAACAACGUUGCUGGCGUGGAUCCCAGCAGCGACCUCAAGACGGACUUUGGCUCUGUUCUCAAACUGCCGGAGGACCAGCGAGCUGCAGUUAUCGAAAGGAUCAAGAUGGGCAUUAUCUGGGCAUACGUGACUCUCGUCCCUUUCAUGGUCCUCUGCGUCCUCGCCGCUAGCCUCCUCGGCACCGUCAUCCUCCCCAAAGGCAAAGGCUCCGAAGAAGACCGCAGCAACAACAUCGUCAUCCACGAGCCCUACCCAUGGGCCCUCCUCAGGGGCACCGCACGCAGCAAAACCUGGGAGCGCGUGGAGGCGAGCGAGAUGGAUGAGCUGACGGCACCGCGUCGCAAGGUUGAGCGUACUAGGGAAGAGAGUGCUUAUGGGGGACGGGGAAUGUAUGAGCAGGAGGAGGAGAUGAUGCCGCCGAGGGAGGUGUAUGUUCCUGGGAGGGAGGGGCAGCAUGUUGGGGUUAGAGAUGAGAGGAGGGAAGGGUACUCGCUUUGA